UUCACUCUUUCUCUUUUAUCUUUUUUUUUUUCUUCUUACUUUCUCCUUUUUUUAUACUUUAUUUUUGUUACGAAAAAAAAAUAAAUGGAAUUACCAAUAUAUAAUGGGGUUCGAGCAGAGCCAAAGUUUUUACGGGAUCCUACUUCACUAGAGUCUAUCUCGAGUGGUAUAAGUAAGAUAUCUUCUUAUGUCACCUCCAACUUGUCAAAAAGAAGAUCAAAUAUGAUACCCAUAUUUGAACAACAACCUCACAUGCCACCUCCACAGCAACAACAACAACAACAACAACAACAAUAUAUAGAUGAAAUGACAGUUGAAGAAGUGGUAGAUGAGGAUAAGAACUCAGAUACAAUCACAUUCGCAUCCUUUGAUAAACUUAAUGAAAAUAUAACGUGUCUACUACUUGGCUAUCAAGAUGGAUUUCAAUUAUGGGAUAUCACUAAUCCUGAUAACGUACAUGAAAUAUGUUCAAUAAGAGAUAAGGAAACAUUUGGGACUGUAUCUUUUAUUCAUCUCUUACGACAUGAUUCACUUAUUGCCAUAGUGUAAGUCUAAUGUUCGUUUUAUAACACCAACUGAUACGUUGUAAAUGAUAAUAGAACCGAAACUACUAUCAGCAAUAGUAAAAGAUCGAAGAUUAUGAUUUAUUCUCUAAAUACAUAUACCAUAGUCAAGGAGAUAAAUGAGCCAAUGAAGGAGCAUAGUCAUCAAGAAGAUGAUUCAGUCCUAGUCACAUGUAUACAAAGUAACCACAAGAUCAUGGCUCUGGUAUAU